AUGUCCCUCCCCUUCCCGACCCGUCAGCUUUACUACGACGGCCAGGUGCGCGCCGCUUCGUCCGGCAAGACCUUCCAAACCGUUAACCCCGCCACUGCAACCCCGUUGGCCGACAUCCAGGUUGCCUCCAACUCGGAUAUUGACGCUGCGAUUGCUGCUGCUGAGCGUGCCUUCCAGGUUUGGUCGAAGACGACCUAUAUUGCUCGUGCUCGUAUCUUGCAGAAGGCGGCUGCUUUGUUGCGCGAGCGCAAUGACGAGAUUGCUCGUGUAGAGACUCUAGACUCCGGCAAGGCCUUUACGGAGACGAGUACCGUGGACGUUGUGACGGGUGCCGAUGUGCUCGAGUACUAUGCCAACUUUAUUGGUGGUGGUGGUUUGAACGGCGAGACGACACAGCUCCGUGAGGAUGCCUGGGUGUAUACGAAGAAGUCACCCUUGGGUGUCUGCGCAGGCAUUGGUGCUUGGAACUAUCCUAUUCAGAUUGCCCUCUGGAAGUCCGCUGCUUGCUUGGCCGCUGGUAACACCAUGAUCUACAAGCCUAGCGAAUUCACCCCUCUCCACGGCGAGACCCUCGCCCAGAUCUACACCGAGGCCGGCCUACCCGCCGGUGUCUUCAACGUGGUCAACGGAGCCGGCGAUGUCGGCGCUUACCUGACCAGCCACCCUACCAUCGCGAAGGUCUCCUUCACCGGCCAGGUAUCAACCGGUAUGAAGGUUGCUGGUUCCGCCGGCGGAAACAUGAAGUACGUGACGAUGGAGCUGGGCGGCAAGAGCCCGCUCAUCGUAUGCCCGGACGCCGACCUCGAGAGCGCCGUCGACGGCGCCAUGAUGGCCAACUUUUACUCCACCGGCCAGGUCUGCACUAACGGUACUCGCGUGUUCGUGCCGAGGUCCUUGAAGGCCGCUUUUGAGAAGCGUCUGCUCGAGAAAAUCCCCUUUGUGCGGGCUGGCCCGCUCUUCGAUGAACAGACCAACUACGGCCCCCUCAGCUCUGAAAUUCACUAUAAGAAGGUUGUCGAGUAUAUCCGCUACGGUAUCGAGAAUGACCGCGCAACCCUACUUACCGGUGGGCCCGGCAAGCCCGAUGUCCCCCAGGACCUUCAGGCCGGAUACUGGGUGAAGCCGACCGUCUUCACCGACUGCAAUGACGACAUGCGCAUCGUCAAGGAAGAAAUCUUCGGCCCCGUCAUGUCUAUUUUGUACUACGAUACCGUCGAGGAGGCCGUGCGCCGCGCUAAUACCACGGAGAUGGGUCUUGCAGCGGGCGUCUUCACAAAGGACCUUAACCAGGCCCACAAGGUGAUCGACCAGCUGCAGGCUGGUAUUACCUGGGUCAACACCUGGGGUGAGAGCCCCGCCGAGAUGGCCGUCGGUGGCUGGAAGAAGAGCGGUCUGGGCGUUGAGAAUGGCCAUAAGGGUAUUGAGGCUUGGCUGCAGAAUAAGAGCACCCUUGUUGAUAUGAGUGGGGCUGUGGCCACGGUCUUUGCCAAGCUUUAG